AUGGUGACGAUGCCAGGUGCGCCGUGGCGAGAAGUCGCUCAGUGCGUGCCCACGCGCAGCACGACCCAAGUUCGCAUCCGCGGUCUGCGCCUCGAGCGCCUCGCGGGUCUUCCACCACGCCCGCGCCUCCAAACAAGCUCGAAGGUGCCCGACACAACGGUAGAGAUGGUCUUGCCAGACUCGCUCUUGCCGCACGCCCCAUGGUCGGACGACGAAGCGCGGGACCUCGUGUCGAUGUUUACGCCGGCGCAAUGGAGGAUCGUGACGACAUGGCCGCCCGUAAAGCUGCUCGAAGGCACGCUCGAAGAGAAGGACGUCAACGACGGCAGCAUCAAUCAUGGCAUCCAGCCCGAUGCGACGCGGUUGCUCCAGUCGUCUGAGCUCGAUGAGCUGUGGGACAUCCUCUUGGAGUUAGAAGACGAGCACCAAAUCGUCGUGAAAGCCGAGCCCAUUGAGAUCUAA